CUGGCGCGGCCUUUGUCUCUUGCCCUAGGCAGGGAGCUGGCGUUCUCUCUCACUGUUCGGUUUUCAGAAAGGCCCAGGCGUCUCCGCGGCUGCCUCUUUCACUCUGUGACCUGCAGAUACUGGGAUAUCCAUAGGGAGGACAUCGGGACACCCCUGAAGCUGGGAAACGUUCUUUUGCCUGUGGGUGUAGUGGUAGCAGAUAAAGGGGCUGUGCUGAUGCCUGAAAUGCAUAUUCUCAAGAUGCAGCUGUGAUUUGUUCAGUCUCACCUGAGAAGGAAUCCUAGAGAAGCAGGAAGAGGAUAAGAAAUGGCUGGUUCUCAGGGGUUGCUAACAUUCAAGGAUGUGGCCAUAGAAUUCUCCUGGGAGGAAUGGGCAUGCUUGGAUCCUGCUCAGCAGAAUUUGUAUAGGGACGUAAUGUUAGAAAACUACAGAAACCUGGUCUCCCUGGGUCUUGUUGUUUCUAAGCCGGACCUGAUCACCUUUCUGGAGCAAAGACGAGAGCCCUGGAAUGUGAAGAGUCAUGAGAUAGUAGCCAAACACCAAGGUAUAUUUUCUCUUUACACCCAAGGUCUGUGGAAAAAGCAGUGCUUAGAAGCUCCAUUCCAAACAAUGACAUUAGAGGUGUUUGGGAUUUGUGGCCUUGAAAAUAUAUACUUAAAGAAAGACUGGGAAAGUGUGGGUGAGUUUGAAGGGCAGAAUAUAUAUUAUGAUGGACACAAAAAAUGUAGGACAACUAUCUAUAAUGAAAACAUCACUGAUAGGAAAUGUCAAAAAUACAAAACAUUUUUGAAAAAGUAUCAAUGUAUGUCCAUUACUUUUGCUGAACCACGUAUUUCUGUAAAUAAAUAUCAAUAUGAACUUUUGAAACAUAAAUUUUAUCUGAAAGGAAAUUUGGAAAAUUUAAAUAAUGACCUAGGCCAUAUUGAAAAUAAUGAUUUGGAACAAUUAAAAUGUAGAAUUGGGUUAAAUGUUCAGUCAAAUAUUUCUGAAGAUCUGAGAUUUAAAAAUGAAGGGAAUAUUUCUCUAUGUGAUCAAUGUGAUGAGUCAUUUGUUAAAAGUUUAUUAUACUUCCACCAAAAAUAUGCCAAAAUCUACGACUUUGAUCAGUACAGGAAGGUCUUUACCCAUUCAACAUUACUUAAGCAAUAUCAGGGAAUAUAUAAUUGGAGAAGACAUUACACCCAUAAUAAAACUUCAAUGUCUGUUAGCCACGGUGCCACCCUAAAUUAUUCCCAGGAUAUUUAUAUUAGAGAUAAAAAUUAUUCAUGCUAUAAGUCUGAGAACACCUGCCAACUCUCUAGCCCUAGAAAGCAUCAGAAAAGUAAUUUUCCAGAGAACCAUUACAAAUGUAACAAAUGUGAGAAAAUCUUUCAUCAAUAUUCAAAGCUUAUUUUCCAUCAGUGUAUUCAAAUUCAGGAGAAAUCUCAUGAAUGUAAUAAAUGUUUAGAAGCUUUUACUCUCUCAUCAAUUCAUAAUCAACAUCAAAGAAUCCAUGUUGGAGUAAAUUCAUACAGAUAUAAUAAAUGUGAGAAAGUCUUUAGUCAAUCAGCAAGUGUAAAACAAUAUGAGACAAUUCAUACUGAGGAGAAAAUCUACAAAUGUAAUGAGUAUUUCAAAGUUUGUAACCAUAUCUCACAACUUAGUCAAUGUCAGAGAAUUCGUACUGAAGGGAAGCAAUACAAAUGUAAUGAGUGUGGCAAAGCCUUUAAACGUGGUUCACAUCUUACUCGACAUCAGAGAAUUCAUACUGAAGAGAAACAGUACAAAUGUGAUGAAUGUGGCAAAACCUUUAAACGUCAUUCAUAUUUUAUUCAACAUGAAAGAAUUCAUACUGAAGAGAAACAGUACAAAUGUGAUGAAUGUGGCAAAGCCUUUAAACGUCGUUCAUAUUUUAUUCAACAUGAAAGAAUUCAUACUGAAGAGAAACAGUGCAAAUGUAAUGAAUGUGGCAAAGCCUUUAAACGUGGUUCACAUCUUACUCGACAUCGGAGAAUUCAUACUGAAGAGAAACAGUACAAAUGUGAUGAAUGUGGCAAAGCCUUUAAACGUCGUUCAUAUCUUACUCAACAUGAGAGAAUUCAUACUGAAGAGAAACAGUACAAAUGUAAUGAAUGUGGCAAAGCCUUUAAACGUGGUUCACAUCUUACUCAACAUCAGAGAAUUCAUACUGGACAGAAACCCUACAAAUGCAAGGAAUGCAGUAAAACUUUUAAUUCUAGUAUGCAUCUUACUCAACAUCAGAGAAUUCAUACUGGAGAGAGACCUUACACAUGUAAAGCAUGCAAUAAAUCUUACACUAGUUCUUCAAGUCUUAUUCAGCAUCAGAGAAUUCACACUGGAGGGAAACCCUACAAAUGUAAUGAAUGUGGCAAAACCUUUCAUUGUAAUUCAUAUCUUAUUGCACACCAGAGAAUUCAUACUGGAGAAAAACCCUACAAAUGUCAAGUAUGCAGCAAAUCUUAUAUUCAUCAUGCAAGUCUUAUUUAUCAUCAGAAAAUUCAUACUGAAGAGAAACCUUACAAAUGUAAAGAAUGUGGCAAAUCCUUUUACUAUAAAUCAUAUCUUACUGAGCACCACAGAAUUCAUACUGGAGAAAAACCUUACAAAUGUAAAGCAUGUAGUAAAUGCUUUAGUCAUUCUUCAAGUCUUAUUCAGCAUCAAAGAAUUCAUACUGGAGAAAAACCUUACAGAUGUAAAGCAUGCAGUCAGUCUUAUGCUCAGGCUUCAGGUCUUAUUCGGCAUCAGAGCAUUCAUACUAGAGAGAAACAUUACAAAUGUGAAGAAUGUGGCAGAGCCUUUUACCAUAGUUCAAAUCUCAGUCGACAUAAGAGAAUUCAUGGUAGAAAAACUCUAUAGGUGUAAUAAAUGAGGAAAACAUUUUAUCAAAAAUA